AUGUAUAAGUGUUUGUGGAAAAACUUUCUCGAAGGGGUUAACAGUGGUCCACCCGGGAAACCGAUCCCAUCGGCCGCAGAACACAAACCUGGUGCUCAACCAGCCCGAGAGUCCUGCAAUCCAUUUCAGUGGAAUCGGAUAACCAGCUUCCCCAUCCCGCAAGACCGAUUUAACGGACAUUCCUUCGUGGGGUCGCUGGAACCUUCAGGCGACAGGUUGCAGAAUCCUAACGACGAGGUACCGUUCCCGACGACGCCACCGGGGACUCCACUCAGGUAUUUCUUGCAUCGGCCAGAAACGCCGCCAUCCUGGGUGGAGCUGGAGCCUCCACCACCAUCUCCAGAGGCUCCAAGAAGACCGGUGGCUGUCGUGAGGCCAAGGGUCCGGGCACAGGAGGUCAGGGCGCCAACACCUCCACCGGAGGUCAGGGUGCCGACAGCUCCACCAGAGGCCAGGGCGCCGACACCACCACCCGGCCCAGAGAGAAGACAGCGACGAAGGCGUCAUCGCCGCCAAGCUGCCAUUAUUUUAAAUAUUAAUUUUUAA